AUGAAGACUCUCUCGGCAGCGCUCGCGCUGAUCGCGCCUGUUCAGGCCGGCCUCCGCUUCCCCUGUUCGACCCUGACUAUCCAACGCCUCGACCCCGUCGUCCAGCCGGGCGCCAUCCCGGCCGCCCAUGUCCACCACAUCGUCGGCGGCAACGCCUUCAACGCCACGAUGGAAGGUGACGUUGGCGCGAGGGCCACCUGCACAACCUGCCAGAUGGCUGAGGACUUUUCGAACUACUGGACUGCCCACUUGUACUUCAAACACCCCAACGGUUCUUACCACCGCGUCCCUGUUCUCCCUGUUCAGCCCCUACUAGGCGGCUCGCAGGGCGCCCAGGGUGGACUCACCGUCUACUACACCCAGUUCGACCUGUCGAGGGAUAAUCUCAACCAGCAGAAAGUCACGGCCUUCAAACCGGGUUUCCGCAUGACCGUGGGCAGCCCAACCGUGACCGGCAAGCCGCAAGUCGGCCUCCGCUACCAGUGCCUGCAGGGCCAGAACCGAGGCCGCGAGCUGGACAACUUCCCCACGGGGCCCUGCUCGGGCGGCAUCUUUACCACACACCAUUUUCCCGCCUGCUGGGACGGCAAGAACCUCGACAGCCCCGACCACCAAUCACACAUGUACAACACGAUCCGCUACGACGGUUUCAUGAACGCUCCUGCCUGCCCCUCCUCGCACCCGGUCCGCAUGCCGCAGGUCACGUACGAAACCGUGUGGGACACCACCAAAUUCAACUCGAUGUGGCAGUCGGGACAGCCGAAUCCCUUCGUCUGGAGCUUUGAAGGAACGGCUGGGGGAAGCCAUGCGGACUAUAUGUUUGGCUGGAAAGGUGAUUCUUUGCAGAGGGCGAUGGAUAAGUCUGAGUGUUUCUAUGAUGGUUGCGGUUCGAUCACCAAGCAGGCGAUGAGUGUGGCGAAUCAGUGCACGAUUAAGGAGACCGUGCGCGAGCAGACGGAUGGCUGGUUGAUGAAACUUCCGGGCCGUGACUAA